UCAUAGCCUUCAAUUCAAAUGUCAGUUGUCAAAAUGCGCAAGAGCUGGUUGGUCGUGAUUUUUGUGUUCAAUAUUCUUAGUGUACGAUGUGUAUUACGAAAAGAUUCAGACUACUGGACAAAUUUGGCCUCAAAAGAGUUAGAAGAAGCGUUGAACGUAAAAUGGAACGAAGGAAUAGCUAAGAACAUUAUUUUGUUCAUCGGCGACGGAAUGGGACCGAACACAGUCACAGCUACGAGGAUACACAGGGGCGGGGAGAGUCAUCGUCUAUCGUAUGAGAUGUUUCCGCACGUUGGAUUGUUAAAGACUUAUUCUGCUAACAAAAUGGUUCCCGACUCGGCUGCUACUGCAACAGCAUUGCUAUGUGGCGAAAAGACUAACCAGAACACAGUGGGUGUUACCUCGUCUGUGCAACACAGAGAUUGUGCCGCGUCUUUAAACCCUGGUGCUAAGUUAGAUUCUUUAGCUGCAUUGGCUCUAAAAGCUGGAAAGAGUGCUGGUUUUGUGACAACGAUGCGUGUGACGCACGCAACGCCUGGUCCCGUAUACGCUCACAGCGCGGCUCGUCAGUGGGAAUGCGACAGCAGCAUGCCCGCAGGUUCUGAACAGUGCAAGGACAUCGCUAGACAGCUAAUAGAAGAUUUCCCCGGCAGAGAUCUUAAUGUAAUCAUGGGAGGUGGCAGACAAGGUUUGGUAGCUAAUGCGACGGGCACACCUGAUGAUCCGAUCAGCACAUGGGGAUGCUCGAGAGCUGACGGAAGAGAUCUUAUUCAAGAAUACAGGAACAACAAACAAAGCAGAGGUCUGAAAUAUAGCGUCGUCUCAAAUAAUAGAGAACUUCAGAAUUUGAAUGUGAAUGAGACUGAUUAUCUUUUGGGAAUUUUCUCCAACGCACACUUGGCGUAUGACAACGAAAGGAACACAGGCCCAGAGGGUAUGCCCUCCAUAACAGACAUGGUAGAAGCUGCUAUCAAGGUUCUCAAGAAAAACUCAAAGGGAUUCUUUCUAAUGGUAGAAGGUGGUAACAUAGAUAUGGCGCACCACCGCGGCAGAGCCAAGCUCGCCGUGAACGAGGCGUCGGCCAUGGAGCGGGCAGUGCGCGCCGCGCUCGCGCUCACCGACGCGCGCGACACGCUGCUCGUGGUGACCAGCGACCACACUCACACGCUGUCCAUCAACGGGUAUCCCGACAGAGGCGCUAAUAUUUUCGGUGUAGUAGGACCGUCAAGAUUCGAUGGAUUAAACUACACGACAAUAUCAUACAGUACGGGAGGUCCUGGCUCCUUCCAGUACUCCAUAGAGACCAAUGGGACUGGAGCGCCUCACAUUGUGAGGCAAAACCCGACCGUCGAGGAGACAGACUCGUACAAAUACGAACAGAUAGCGGCCGUGCCACUCGACGAAAAUAGUCAUGGCGGCGGUGACGUCACUAUAUACGCGCGAGGUCCGUACGCUCAUCUGUUUCACAACAUCCACGAACAACACUACGUAUUUCACGUGCUUUCUUAUGCGGCUAAAAUCGGACCUUAUUCCGCGGGAAAUAGCGUACAGUGCAAUGUUGCCAAACUAUCUGUGGGACUAUUAUUUUUAGUACUUUUUACACGAUAAUUUUUAAUUGAACGGAAAGAUUUUGUAUGAUAGAAUAAAGUAUUUAAUAUUUUUUCAAUAUAGGUUUAGAAUUAACAUAUAGUAAAACUCAGCAUAUUUAUAAUUACGUAAAUAAUGUAGAUACAAUAAUAUAUUUCAAAUGCAUUUUGUUCAUUUACAUA